AUGCAUUCCCAAUUUUUGGUAUCGACAAGGGUGCUGGGGAGAUUAAAGAGGACAGUCCCUGAGGACAUGAAGGAGGGUUUAUUGCACCACAACGAUGAGGCUAAGUCGACAAACUGGAAACUGCAGGCGAAUUUAUUAUUAGAAAGUGAGGUGAGGUUACCGGGGAAGGAGUUGCCGGCGAAAAGGAGGGUGGUGAGGCCGGUUAACGGCAUUAGUUCGGUUAACUGGAGGCGGCCCGUUAAGCCCACAUUUCGGAGACCGAGUUUUCCGACCCGGCCUUGGUCGUUGCACGUGACUCCGUUCCAGGAGCAGAGCGCGUCGGAGGAAGUUGGGGCCCACCCGGCCAGGAACCGGUUCGGGUUUUCCUCUUAUCCAACAUCUCCUCCGCCGCUACGACGAAUCCACGAGGCCGCAGGUGCCCUCACGCGGUGGCGCAAUCGAACGGUUUUUUUGUGUUGUUGGGUUGUCGGCAUCUUGUGCACUGGGAUGUACUCUCGUGAGCGUGGAAAGGGGGGAAACGAUGGGCCGCUCGACCAGCCUGGUUCUCUUAAAAACAAAAGGCAACGAAGUGAUGCCCUUAAUAGAUGGCGGUCUAAAAAGAAUCGUGCAUCCCCUAUGUGCCAAGGUUCUGGUUCUUCUCCGUCGCUUGUACCUCCACAAAUUGGUGCGCCUUUGUUCAGGACCACUUCGAGUGAUGAUGCUUUGGCGGAGGUUACAUGUGUUGGUGCGACUGCUGUGCCGACCACUGCGGGCUCAUCGGUGCCAGAGGUGCUGCGGCCAGCCGCAGGUUCUAGGCUGAACGAUGGGCGCCAUUUGUUGGGCUCAGUACCAUCUGAGCCGUCCAUAUUGCGGGAACAACGUUGUUGUCAACACUGCGGUGCUAAAAAGAUAGCAUAUGAAACAGUUAAGUUUUGCUGUUCUGAAGGUGCCAUAAAAUUAGCGACUCACCCUAUACCUGAUUUGUUGAGGGACUUACUGUUUUCGUCGUCGCACGAGUCGCAGCUGUUUAGAACUUGCAUAAGAACGAUAAAUAAUCAAUUUGCGUUUACUUCCUUGGGGGUUAAAUAUGAUCAAGAAUUAAGCAAACGUAAUAGAGGUGUGUAUACGUUUAGAAUUCAAGGUCAGAUGUACCAUUUCAUUUCUGACUUAGAAUCAGCAAAUAAUCUUCAGCUAUACUUUCAUGACACAGCACAUGAGGUGUCCAAUCGUUUAGCUGCCUGUCCACGUCUAACUGAGUCAAUAACUGUAAAGAUUUUGAAAAUUCUAGAGAGCAAUCCAUACGCUAAGUUUUUUCGCGGGCUUGAAAAUCUUUCUAAUCUUGAUGAUUGUCAUAUAGUUUUGCGCGCCGUGCCGGCCUUGGAUCAAAGAAUCUAUAAUCAGCCAACUGAAUCUGAGGUGGCUGCAUUAUGGGUGGAUAAUGGUUCUAAUGAAGAGACAUGUAGGCGUGACAUUCAAGUGCACAGUAGGGGUGGUUUGUCGCACAAAAUUCAAUAUUAUUUUGGUUGUUAUGACCCGCUGCAAUAUCCUGUACUUUUUCCUUUUGGACAGAUUGGCUGGCAUGAGGAGGACUUAAUACAUAGGGAGGAGAAUGUUGGGUCGUUUGUACAUGAGGACCCCAGUUUUGUUUCUAUGAGGGAGUAUUAUGCAUACAAAUUGCAGAUUCGAACUGCAUGGAUUCAAGGCACUGCUUCUUUGGGAGCCAUAAACCAACCUCUCUGGUUUGGUGCGUGCAUGAAUUGCCGCAAGAAAUUCGAGCUUCAAGUCACCUCAGCAAUAUUAUGCAGCUCAUGCAACAAACAAAGUCAGAUUUCAGCAAGGGCAAGGAUUCCAAUCAAAAUUGAAGAUGGUACUGGUUCUAUUGCUGCCGUGGUCUAUGGAGAAGAUGUUGAGCUACUAACCAAAUUCAGUGGAGUGCAACUCCAACAGGCUGACGAAAAGGGUGAAUACAUAUUGGAGAAGCUUGAUGCAAACAUGAGGGGCAAACACAUAGUUUGCUUUGUGAGAAUGUUCAAUGUGAAUGGCCCAAGUUACUCGGUUGUCAAGCUUUACAAAGAUAAAGAUCAGGAAGAUGAACCAGCUCUAAUUGAAAAUGAGAAAGAAACUAAACAAUCACUGUCUGGAGAUAAGGAACUGUUAGAGUCACAGCUGUUCACUCCUAGCGCAAAAGCAUGUCUGGAGGAGGUAGCUGCCCAAAUUCUGAAGACCGAAGUGCAGGGGCAGCCAAAAGCAAGUGUGAGGCGCGUGCUAAACUUGGAGAAUGAGUCGUCUGACUCGAUGGGUAGCACUUCAGCGUUGGGCAACGAUUAUGUGCCUGGAACCUCCGGUGAGGGCAGCGGCACUAACGGCGAAAAUCAGUCUGACAGCCCAUUAAAGAAAGCACGCACCCACACCUAA